AUGAACUUAAUUACAACAAUCAUCACUAUUACCAUCACAUUGUCCGCAGUACUAGCCACUAUUUCUUUCUGAUUACCUCAAAUCUCCCCAGACGCAGAGAAGUUAUCCCCCUACGAAUGUGGAUUUGAUCCAUUAGGGUCCGCCCGCCUACCCUUCUCCUUACGCUUCUUUCUAAUCGCCAUCCUAUUCCUCCUAUUUGAUCUAGAAAUUGCCCUCCUUCUACCUCUACCAUGAGGGGAUCAGCUCGACACCCCAACCUUAACACUUAUUUGAUCCACUGCCGUACUCGCCCUCCUUACUCUUGGCUUAAUUUAUGAAUGAACCCAAGGAGGCUUAGAAUGAGCCGAAU